UCAACAACAAAAAAUAUACAGUUUUAAUAAUAACUUUUUUUUUUUAAUACUAUUAUUAUAAUAUCACGCAAAAUUAUCACAUUUUUUUUAAUAUUAUUACACAUACACACAUACUAUUAUUUUACUAAAGUUUAAAUAUAAAUAUGGAUCGUAAAUCACGUUCAUUAAGAUCACAUGAGGAAUCAUCAGAGGAAUUCAAUAUAUGGAAACAGAUUUGCUCUUCAUUAUUAAAGUUAGAAGGAAUCCAAAAAGAGGAAGAAACAGUUAUUAAUAGUAUAAAUAAAAUCCAAUUAUCAGUUGAUAUUGAAAAAGGUAUAACAGGCUUAAUUCAACAAAAACUAAAAGAAAACUAUAAACGAGGUAUUGAAUUAUCCUUUAAUGAAUCCAAAAUGAUUCAAAAUAUAAUUGAAAAAUUAUCAGUUUUAAUUGCUUUAAGAGAAAACGAACAAGCAGAUCAAAAAAGGAAGAAACGAAAGAUAGAAAUAACAGAUACAAAAGUCAUAUUGAAUCAGUCUAAUAAUAAUCAUAAUAGUCUUGAGCCAAUAGAAAUACUACCAAAAGGAACUACGGUUGCUGCACGACAACCAAAAGAAAAAGAUAAAAAUGAAGAAUGGAUUUUAGCUGUAGUUAUUCAAUAUCAUACCGAUAAAAAUAAAUAUCAAGUAGAAGACGUAGAUCAAGAUGAUUACGGAGAAAAGCAACGUUACAUGCUAUCUCCUCGUUAUGUAAUUCCUGUUCCUAAUUCAGAAGAAGCUCGAUCGUUACCUGAAAUUCCUGCUCAAGAAGAUGUUUUAGCUUUAUAUCCCGGAACUACCUGUUUUUAUAAAGCAGUUGUUAUUGCUCCACCAAGCAAGAGUAAGGAAAUAAAGAAUUAUAGAGUUCAAUUUGAAGAUGAUAAUGAUGAAGUUAAAUAUGUUAUGCCAGAACAUAUCUUGAAAAUGCCAAAAUAACAAUGUAUAAAAGUGAAUCAUAUACAUAUAAAUAUAUAUGCAUACUAUUAUCCCGUAAUAAUUUAUUUGUAUGUGCACAAUAAAUUAGAGUUAUCAUAAGCAUCAUCA